CGGACAAAGACAGUGUGACUGAGUGUGGGAGAGGAAUGGCGCCGGCGGCUGAAGGAACAAGAACAGAAACCGCUGGAAAAGCUGAGCAGGUCCGGCAGCUCGUGUUGAGAGAAAUGUGAGGACGUGUUUCGGGUCCGGGGAUCCUUCUUCAGAACAGGACCAGGUUUCAGAAACAUCCCGGGGAGGUCGCCAGGUCCGAGCGCCAAGACCCGGCUCCUGCCCCCGGGGAGAGGAGACAGUGAGACAGGAGUAUUAGAAGAUCUGAAGAUGGAAAUUUCAAAAUCGACAGAUGAAGGCCUUAUGCCCGAAGCAUUGACGCUUCUGCUCCUUGGAUGCUGCCUGACCUACAGUGCUUUUCCAGCGUCACACUUUUGAACUCUUAACUCUCCAGUAACUGCAAUCCUCACUUUCACAUAAAUGUCUGACAGUAACACUGGGAUAUCGGGACUGCAACGAUUUUUGACUGUGAUUCUGUGAGAGGAGCAAAGCAUUUGCUUCCUGCUCAAGUACAUUUUCGGAAUCUGUGGUACUGGAUGAGAGACCCUACGUUGCAGCGCAGUGAGAGUGGAGCCUGAAACAGUUAUACGGCCUGGAAAGACAAAUUCACGGCAGGGUGGGGCUGUACCCACGUUUGUGUGCGGCUGAAGUUUCGGCCAUGGAGAAACCUGAGGAAUCCCGCUCUGUGAAGAAACCGUGGAAGUGUGGCGACUGUGGGAAAGGCUUCUGUGCCCUGUCUGCUCUGGAGACUCAUCGACGCAGUCACACCGGUGAGAGGCCCUUCAGCUGCCCCGAGUGCAGGAAGGGCUUCACCCAGGCAUCUGCCCUGCUGACCCACCGGCGGAUCCACACGGGGGAGAGGCCUUUCAGCUGCCCUGAGUGUGGGAAGGUCUUCAGCAAUUCCUUUGCCCUGCUGAGGCACCAGCGAAUCCACAAGGGGGAGAGACCACUCUCCUGCCCCGACUGCGGGAAGGCCUUCAGUGAUUCCUCCCACCUUCUGACACACCGGCAGGUCCACACAGGGGAAAGGCCCUUCAGUUGCUCCGAGUGCAGGAAGGCCUUUACCCAGGCCUCUGCCCUGCUGAUCCACCAGCGGCUCCACACAGGGGAGCGGCCCUUCAGCUGCCCAGAGUGCGGUAAAGGCUUCAGCGAUUCCUCCACCCUGCAGACCCACCAGCGGGUCCACACGGGGGAGAGGCCCUUCAGCUGUUGUGAAUGUGGGAAGUGCUUUACCCAGGCCUCUGCCCGGCUGAGACACCAGCGGUCCCACACCGGGGAGAGGCCCUUCAGGUGCCCCGAGUGCGGGAAGGGCUUUGCCCGGGCCUCCAACCUCCAGACACACCAGCGGAUCCACACGGGGGAGAGGCCCUUUAGUUGUCCCGAGUGCGGGAAGUGCUUUACCCAGGCCAUCACACUUCAGAAACACCAGCAGGUCCACAUGGGGGAGAGGCCCUUCAGUUGCCCCAGGUGCAGUAAGGUGUUCACCUGCUCCUCCCAGCUGCAGAGGCACCAGCAAGUUCACGUGCCAUAGCAGGGCAUUGAAGGAGUGAUAGCUGAGUGCCAUUAUCGACUGGAGUAUUAACCCAGUUCCGGGGUCUCCUGGGUUUGAAUCCUGCCCUGGCAGAUGGUGAAAUUGGAAUUCAGUCAGUAAUCUAGAGUUCCAAGUCUAACGAUGAAGCCAUU